AAGCAUUACUUAAAAUUUUAGGGUUAGUAAAUGCUUUAAUUAUUAUUAUUUAAACUUAAAUUUGUGUAUAAAACAAUUUGAAUUAUGAAUAAUUAAAAAACAACAUGUUAUUUUUAAUGAAAUAUGUUUCAAAAUCGAUACUGUAUAUUUGUAUACGAGGGUAUAAAACAGAAACUGCUGUUAGAGUACGAUUUGCCCCUAGCCCUACCGGUUAUUUACAUCUGGGUGGUCUUAGAACGGCUCUUUAUAAUUAUUUUUUCGCAAAAAAACACAAUGGUACAUUUAUAUUGAGAAUCGAAGACACUGAUCAAACUAGAUUAGUUCCUGGAGCAGUGGAACAGUUACAAGAAGAUUUACAAUGGUCGGGAAUUAUAAUUAACGAAGGACCUACACAGGGUGGUACUUACGGGCCGUAUUUACAAUCUGAACGAUUGGAUAUUUAUAGGAAACAAGUGAAGGUACUAUUAGAUAACGGAUCCGCUUAUCACUGUUUUUGCACUGAUAAACGGUUGCAACUUUUGAAAAAAGAAUCGUUAAGGAAACAAGAGAUUCCAAAAUAUGACAACAAAUGUCGUCACUUGAGCAAAGAAAAUGUUCAAGCCAAUCUUGAGAGUGGAAAACCCUCUUGUAUUAGAUUCAAAAUCACCGAUCAAGAAGAAAGUUUUGAUGAUUUAAUUUAUGGCAGAAUCGCUUAUAAUAUUUCAUUAAAUGAAGGCGAUCCUGUAAUCGUUAAAUCUGACGGGUUUCCUACUUACCAUUUCGCUAAUGUCGUUGAUGAUCAUUUUAUGAAUAUUUCUCACGUUCUUAGAGGCGUCGAAUGGCAAAUAUCCACCACUAAACACAUUUUACUUUAUAGAGCGUUUAAUUGGAAACCUCCACUUUUUGGUCAUCUACCGUUGCUAAUGAAUUCAGAUGGGACGAAAUUGAGUAAAAGACAGGGUGAUAUUAAAAUAAAUCAUUUUAGAGAAACUGGAAUUUUUCCACAGGCUUUAAUAAACUUUAUUGUUCAUUCUGGUGGAGGUUUCACAAAAGAUUUAGAAAGAAAUGUUAAGCCAAAGUGUUACAGCAUGGAAGAAUUAACUCAACAGUUUGAUAUCACUAAAAUAAAUUCACAUUCUGGUAAAGUUAUGGACGAGAGGUUAAUUCAAUUCAACAAGUUAGAAUUGCAUAAAAAAAUAAACGAUUCGAAUGAAUUAGAAAAAUUAGUGAGAGAAGUUAAAGAAUUGUUGAAAGUUGCAUUUCCGAAAAGGGUAGAAAAUAACUCGAUUCAACUGAACGACGAUCAAAUUAGGGACGUUUUGCGUUGGUCUGCAACGAGAAUUAGCAAAUUAUCUGAUUUGGUAUCAAAAAAAUUUAAAUUUGUUUGGUUCAUACCGACACAUUCUACCGUGAUUAAUGACGAAAUUGAAACUUUGGCUCUUUUAAAAUCUCGUUUAGAGAAAAAAUUAGACGAUGAUAUGAGUAACGUUAAUGUUUUGUUGAAAGAAUUUUGUCAGGAUCAUGGUAUCAAGUAUAGAGAGUUUAUGCACUUGUUGAGAUACGUUUUGAGCGGAAUUGAGGAAGGGCCGAGUAUAGCAGAAAUGAUGUCAAUUUUGGGUAAAGAAAAUACAAUAAAAAGAUUAGAAAUGUAUGUAAAUAAAACCAAAGUUUGACAUAAAUAUAUAUUUUUGUAAAG